CUGAAGCGCUUACCUUUCAACAACACUGCUCUGGAAAAGCUGCCGGUGGAUGACUCUGAGGAGCCCGGGUCCCGGAUCGUCCCAGCGGCAUGUUUCUCCCGAAUUCGAUCUCUUCAGCCACUGGUGCGUCCGACAUUCGUGGCUCUGUCCCAUUCCGCGCUGGCUCUGCUCGACCUGGGAGUGCAGGAUGUGUUGAAUGAUCCUCUGGGCCCGGAGUAUUUGAGCGGCUCCCGGCUACUGCCAGGCUCCCAGCCGGCUGCGCACUGUUAUUGCGGUCACCAGUUCGGGAUGUUUGCGGGCCAGCUGGGAGAUGGAGCGGUGAUGUACCUUGGGGAGGUAGAAUCGGGCACCCAUGGGAGAUGGGAGAUUCAGGUGAAAGGUGCUGGAGUCACACCUUUCUCCAGAGAUGGUGAUGGCAGGAAGGUGCUUCGCUCCAGCAUCAGGGAGUUCUUAUGCAGCGAGGCCAUGGCCGCCCUAGGGAUACCUAGCACCCGUGCAGCCUCCCUUGUGACCUCUGACCUCUGUGUCAGCAGGGAUCCACUGAACAGUGGCCAGCGCAUUGCUGAGCGCUGCUCAGUUGUCCUGCGUCUUGCCCCUUCCUUCAUCAGGUUUGGAUCUUUUGAGAUAUGUCUGGGCCGAGAUGGAUUCUCAGGCCUGCAGGGUCCCAGCGCAGGGCGGCAUGACAUUCGCGCUCAGCUGCUGGAUUAUGUAAUCGAGACUUUCUUCCCUUCCAUUCAACAGGGUCAUAGCAACAGGAAAAACAGGAAUAUGACUUUUUUCAGAGAGGUGAUGGUGCGAACUGCAAAACUAGUGGCCCAGUGGCAGUGUGUUGGGUUUUGCCAUGGCGUACUAAACACAGACAACAUGAGCAUCCUGGGUCUGACUCUGGAUUAUGGCCCCUUUGGUUUCAUGGACAGAUUUGAUCCAGAUUUUGUUUGCAACGCCUCAGACAAAAGAGGACGAUACUCAUACCAAGCCCAGCCGUCCAUGUGUCGCUGGAACCUGGCUCGCCUGGCAGAGGCAUUGGGCUCUGAGCUGGAUGCAGCCAAGGCUGGAGCUAUCUUGGAUGAAUUUAUGCCUACGUAUGAAACCUUCUACCUGUGUAUCAUGAGGAAGAAGCUUGGCCUUGUGAGGAAAGAAGAAGCAGAGGACAGAGAGCUCAUCUCAGACUUGCUGCAUCUCAUGCACAAUACUGGUGCAGAUUACACCAACUCCUUUCACCUGCUGAGCCGUGUGCCCUGGCCUGAAGAGGGUGACAUUGAAAGGGCCACAGUUGAGCCAGUUGUGGAUCUCAUCCUAGAGCAGUGUGCCUCUAUUGAGGAGCUAAAGGUGGCUAAUAAGCCAACUAUGGAGGACCGUGAGUUGGCGAUGAUUUUGUCCAUGGCACAAACCAACCCAGUCAUGUUUGGCAUUGUGGCAGACAGGCCAGGUGUGUCCAAGCAGCUGCAACUAAUGUCUGGACUAAAGGAGCUGCUGGAGACGGAUCAGGAUGAGCUUAAGGAAAAGCAGCGUGAUGACUGGAUUCGCUGGGCUAGCCGAUACAGGAGGCGUUUAACCAGGGAAUGUGAUGGAACAAGUGACUUGUCCCUCAUCAUAAAGGAGAGACUCAAUGUGAUGAACAGCACCAACCCCCGUUUCGUCUUACGCAACUAUAUCGCCCAGAAUGCAAUUAAGGCUGCAGAAAAGGGAGACUUCUCUGAGGUCAACAGGGUCCUCAAAAUUCUGGAGAAACCAUAUUCUGAUGCAUUUGGGUUGGAGCAAUUAGAUGGAUCUAAUGCAUGUAGUGAAAAGGAGCAGAAAGGGAGGGGGGUGAAUAUUGACUAUGAUAGGAAGCCUCCUGCCUGGGCACAAAAAAUUUGCAUCACUUGA